AUGCUGGAUUCAGUGGAUUGUGCAAAAUUGAAGCAGACUCUGCGGGGCAACUUGGGUGAAGAACUCAAGACAGUGGGGAAAAUAACUCUCAAUGUCACAGCUGGUGUUAGGCCCCGAUUCCGCACCCUCAAUGUGGAAUUUCUGGUGAUGGAAGAGCCUCCAGUGUAUGACCUCAUUUUUGGAUCAAAAGGGUUGGCUGAGAUGGGGGCAAUAGCCUCAACAUACCAUCUAGUCAUCCGAUUCUGCACUGAAGCCGGAGUUGGAGUGGUCAGAGGAAGCCAGAAGAUAGCUAGAGAUUGUGAGAAGGCCAUCUUGGAUGAAGCAAGGCGCAAGGACCCUUCAAUCAAAAAGGUGGCAGUGGUUAUGUAG